CCCCGUCGCGUCCGCCCCCGCCAUGGCCGCCCGUUACCUCCGCGCUGCCCCGGCGCUCCGCCGCCUGCCCCGCCGCCCGCCGCCCGCCGCCGAGCAGCGCCGCCACUAUGCCAACACGCGGAUCAAGGUGGCAAACCCAGUGGUGGAGAUGGACGGGGAUGAGAUGACACGAAUCAUCUGGGCCUUCAUUAAGGAGAAGCUCAUCCUGCCCAACGUGGAUGUCCAGCUAAAAUACUUCGACCUGGGGCUGCCACAUCGGGACAAGACGGAUGACCAGGUCACCAUUGACUCGGCGCUGGCCACCCAGAAGUACAGCGUGGCUGUCAAGUGUGCCACCAUCACGCCUGAUGAAGCCAGGGUGGAAGAGUUCAAGCUGAAGAAGAUGUGGAAGAGCCCCAACGGCACCAUCCGAAACAUCCUGGGGGGGACGGUGUUCCGGGAGCCCAUCAUCUGCAAGAACAUUCCUCGUCUGGUGCCCGGCUGGACCAAGCCCAUCACCAUUGGCCGCCACGCCCACGGUGACCAGUACAAAGCCACCGACUUCGUGGUGAACAAGUCCGGGACGUUCAAGCUGGUCUUCACGCCAAAGGACGGCAGCGGGUCCAAGGAGUGGGAGGUGUUCAACUUCCCCGGCGGCGGCGUGGGCAUGGGCAUGUACAACACGGACGAGUCCAUCUCUGGCUUUGCGCACAGCUGCUUCCAGUACGCUGCCCAGAAGAAGUGGCCUCUCUACCUGAGCACUAAGAACACCAUCCUCAAGGCCUAUGACGGGCGCUUCAAGGACAUCUUCCAGGACAUCUUUGAUAAGCACUACAAGACGGAGUUUGACAAGCUGAAGAUCUGGUACGAGCACCGGCUCAUCGACGACAUGGUUGCCCAGAUGCUGAAAUCCUCCGGUGGCUUUGUGUGGGCCUGCAAGAACUAUGAUGGGGAUGUCCAGUCAGAUAUCCUGGCCCAAGGGUUCGGCUCCCUGGGGUUGAUGACCUCUGUCCUGGUGUGCCCGGAUGGGAAGACCAUUGAGGCCGAGGCCGCCCAUGGCACCGUCACCCGCCACUACCGGGAGCACCAGAAGGGACGCCCCACCAGCACCAACCCCAUCGCCAGCAUCUUCGCCUGGACGCGUGGCCUGGAGCACCGGGGCAAGCUGGACAGUAACCCUGACCUCAUCAAGUUUGCGCAGACGCUGGAGAAGGUUUGUGUGGACACAGUGGAGAGCGGGACGAUGACAAAGGACCUUGCCGGCUGCAUCCAUGGCCUUGCCAAUGUGAAGCUGAAUGAGCACUUUGUGAACACUACCGACUUCCUCGAUGCCAUCAAGAACAACCUGGACAAGGCUCUGGGCAAGAAAUAGGGGACAGCCUCACCAUCUCUGGGAUGGAUGGGUCUGGGAGUGGCCCAGUGCCCUCUCCAGCUCCCCAGCACAGCUCAGGAACAGUUGAAUAAUUUUUCUAAAGUGUUCUUAGGAAUGUUUUUAAAGCCUUUGUAGCAGGGGAGUGGGGUGGGGGGGCGUGUGGGAGUGUGUUUGUAGUGCCCUGAUUCAUGUACCCCAUAACCGUGUGGUGCCAUUAAAUAUCUCCCAGUCACGGCA